AUGGUAAAAGAGCCGGAGCCGAUACGGCGGAUAUCCCCUCCCGACGAUGACGGCGAAUCCGGGGAGUCGAGCGGCGGCGACGACGACGCCGACGACCAGCCGUUCAAGCUGAAGAAAUUUCGCUCGGCCGACUUUGAGGACUCAUCAAUUGACUUUGUCGACUCGGAGCCAGAGCCCUCCUCGGCGGUCGGCUCAGAUGGAUAUGAGCAGGGCUCGGAGGCCGACAGCGAUCUGGGCGGAGAUUCGAGGGCUGAAGAUACGGAUGAUGAGGAGAUGCAACCCGACGUGAAGAACGAUAUGAAGGAGGAGCGGAAGGAGAAUGGAAACGGAUGGAGGCCGGGCAGAUCGUUACGAUCGGCCGACCAUCAGAAGCCGUCGAUUGCCGCGUCGGCCGGGCUGGAGGAGGAGGCCGAAGACGAUGACGAUGAGGAAGAGGAGGAGGAGGACGUCGAUGAAGAGGAGGACGGGCCUGAACUCGUCGAGGAUGACGAGGAAGAGGAAGCCGACGAGCCGGAAGCCGAAGAUUUGGAAGAAGAAGAAGAAGAGGAGCAACCGGAAGCGUCGGGCAGUUCAACCUCCGACUCCGACGGCUCUGAAUCUGAGGCAAGCGUCGAGCCUGACGAGGAUGAGCCCCAACCCGGCAGCUCGAAGGCCCCGCAAGUGGCCCCGCUCAAAAAUGGCCCGCUUCCGAAUGGUCCGGGAAGACCGGAGAAUGGGACGAGGAUUCGCAUAAAUGGAACGGCCACAAAUUCACACCCAAAACUGCGACCCGACGAACGGACACCCGAGAAAUUGAGGGAAGAGCUCCGGAGAAAGUUGCUAAAAAUGCGCACGCUGACGCCAGAACAGUUGAAGCGGUUGAAAGCACGACUCACCCCAGCCCAACUCAAACGCCUCCGGGCCAAAGCUAUGGCACGGCUUGGGCCGAAGGCGAAGCGUGUCAUCCAGAUGCAUCAGAUCAACCGGAAGCAGCUGCUGCGCUUUCGACGGCUGGCCCGGCUGAAGCAAAAACUGGAAAAGGAGCGAAUACCCGUCCCGCCGGCUGUCACAUAUCUACAUAAUCAUCUACAUCAUCGCUUCCAGCUGAUGCGAUUGCAUAAACAGGCUGCCCGCGACGCAUCACAACGCUCCUACCGUGCCGCACUUCCCCUGCGCGUCCAGCGCCUGAAGCGAGCCCUCGACAUUUCGCGCUUCGUCGCCCAAAUGGAGAAGCUGCUCGCCAAGCCGAUCAAGAUUCCGGGCCUCUACUCGUCGGUGAAGAAUCGUUUCGGCCGUCCCCUGUCGCUCUUCUCGAUCAAAAAUGUGUGGCCGAGUCUGCAAGAACGUCUCCACCACGCCUCCCGCCUCUACAAUUUUAGUCAGCCGAGAUCGCGGGAAUGGCUUCACGAGCUGCUCGUCGAUGACUCUGAUUCGGAGUACGAGGCCGACCACUUUCAAUUCAACGAGGAGGACAUUAGGACGCUGCUCAAGAUCCAUCGCCGACGGCGUGCCAUCCAAAAGUCCUACCACCUCGAUGCUGCCGGGAAUACGUGCAUGUACUACGGCGCGGGCUUGGUCAGCCUCAACGAUCAAUUCAUGGACGGAAACGGGCUGAUGCGACACUCCGUCUACCGA